GGGCCGGGAAGUAGCUGCAGCAGUUGGUGAGAAACAAAUUCAGGCUCUAGCUGUCAUAAAAGUCAUCGCUGUCAUUGUGUUUACAGUUUGGUAGAAAUGGCAGGAAGCCCCCUUCAUCUGCUAGUUAUUCUAUUGAGUUUUUCUCACCUCAUCUCCUUGAAUGCUGUCCCAAUAACAAGGACUAGAAAUCUAUUAUCUGAUACUAGAGUACUGCUUCCAGCAGAUUCUGAGAACACCCAUCUGCAGGCAAGCACAGAAGAAGUAUGGGAAGAAGAACUUGCCAACGGCAGGAUGGGUUUGGAACUGAAUGAUUAUCCGGGAUCAGGAGCUAAUAACCGCCAUACUCCAAAGCCACCACUAGGGAAAGAAAGAGUUCAGACCUAGUUUCUCUAACUGGUAAUCUUCAUAACCUUUUAUUUUGUAAGAUAGCUUCUAGACAUGAUUUACCUCUUAAUUUGGCUCAAACUAGCUAGUUAAUUAGGAAUAUAGUUACAGGGUAGUACUGAAACAAGAAGGUGGCUCUCGGUGCUAUCUAAAGAGGGAAGGAUUUAAUCAUGCUCAAUUUGUAAUUAAAUGAGAGAGAGAGAGAGAGAGUUAUAUACUUGGUGAUUAAAUGACAUGAAUUGUGUAAUAAUCUCUGUACUUGUUGUCUACAUUAAGAAUAAUGGAGAUGAUUUUUCAAUA